AUGGUUCUGGAGUCAGUAUCACCCUACGUUUGGUGGGGACUUGGCCUGUACAUUUCUGUCCCGGUGCUUUUUUACGUAGUGGUGCCGUUUUUAUUCUAUGGAGACCGCGCGACCAAAAAACGCAUUAUCAUCUGCGUUUUGGGCGACAUAGGCCAUUCUCCGCGUAUGUGCUACCAUGCACAGAGUUUCAGCAACCUUGGGUGGCAGGUUGAGCUUUGCGGGUACGUUUCGGACGAAAAAGCGCCCGCAGACAUAGAAUCCAAUCCGAAUAUUACCAUCCACGGUUUGACAAACUACAAGGCACCCGAGGGUCAAUCGUUUGUGAAAACCGCGAUUUGGAAAGUAGCAAUUCAAAUGGUAUCGAUCGUAAAAGUUUUAUGGCGAUUGAGGGGCAGUGACUAUUUCCUUUUGCAAAAUCCACCCAGCAUCCCAAUCCUGCCAAUUGCGAGCAUCUACUGCGUUUUAUGCCGUUGCAAACUUAUUAUAGACUGGCACAAUCUUGGGUUUUCGAUCUUGCAGUUGAAACUAGGCUCUUUUUGGAACCCGUUGGUGCUAGUUUCGUUCCUCAUAGAAUAUGCUUUCUCUAAGUUCGCAACCUAUCAUCUCACGGUCACUAACGCCAUGAAAACAUAUCUGAGCGAAACUUUCGGACUUCCGUCCGGUCGUAUUGAAGUUCUUUAUGACAGACCUGCAGCUCAGUUUAGACCCCUAAAAGGAAAUCGCACUGAGGCGUUGCAACAAGAUUUCAUUAGACAAUACGUGCCUGCUGAUUUCGAUGUUAAGCAAAGCGAUCGCAUUCUCGUAACGUCGACUUCGUUCACGCCCGACGAAGACUUGGGCAUUUUGAUUGGCGCUUUAAAGAUCUACGAAAACUCACAUAAGAAGUUUGACCAAGCAUUGCCGAGAAUUCUGUGCUUCAUUACCGGGAAAGGUCCUUUAAAGCAACAAAUCGUCGAACAAGUUAAGGCUGAAAAAUGGGAUCGUGUUCACAUCGAGUUCUUGUGGCUUUCUUCUGAUGACUACCCAAAGCUUUUGCAAUUAUGCGAUUUUGGCGUCUCUCUGCAUACAUCUAGUUCAGGCCUUGAUCUGCCGAUGAAAAUCCUGGACAUGUUUGGCUCAGGCCUUCCGGUGAUUGCCUAUAACUACCCAGUUUUGAAUGAGCUAGUGCAACACAAUGUCAAUGGUCUGAAGUUUUUGGAUAGAAGAGAGCUUCAUGAAGCUCUAAUUUUUGUUACCAAGGAUAAACAUGUAAGCGAAGUGCUCAAAACCGGUGCAUUGACAGAAUCCAGAAAUAGAUGGCAAAGCUCGUGGGAGAAAUCCAUGGAAAAGCUUUCGUUGAUAAGACGUUAA